GCUUUCUCACGGCCUUGGCGUUUCACAGGGAUUUUAUGGGAAACAGAGACCGCUCCGUAUGUAUCAUCGCAGUUUUUAAGGAAUUCGUGCGCUCCUCUGAGAGCAAGGCACUCGUGUAGUGCGGUGCAGCAACUGUCGCACCUUUGUUUUGCUUGAUCUCCGUAAAAGGCACGUUUUCCUCAUGCUAGUCUUUAUAUGUGCUGAGCGGCCGUGGAGAACACCAGUUCGACUCCUGCUGCUUUCAUUAAACUGCGCUUUAUUUUUACCAGCUCGCACUUAUCUCAUUCAGAAGUCAUAGUUUCGCAUUUGCGUCACAGCUUGCCUGUGCGAUUUGUUCGCAGUCACUGAGUUGCUAGCUUCUAGCUAGCCGGUUUUACUCAGUCGGUGUGUCGGAGCUGCUGCAAAAUGUCAGAUUUUGACGAGUUUGAGAGACAGCUGACUGAAAACAAGCAAGGUGAGAAAUAAAGCUAUCCGUCUGAUGUCAUUGAGCGUUUUGUCAUGUGUUUCAGUGGGUGUGGUUGAAAGACCUGCUUCGCUGGGCUAGCAGCUGGUCAGUCUGCAGACUAAAGACACAACCUGUCUUUACAAUUCUGUCCUGUAUGAGAUUGCACAGAACACCAAACACCAAACAGAACACCAAACACUUUUCAAGUUAUGCUGAUAAUAUGAUUUUUAGCGAAAAAGAAAUAUUAGAAAAAUGCAAAAUAGAGCAUGUUCACAAGUGGACUCAGACUGUGAACCCCACUGUAUCUAUGCAGAAAUUUAACAGCGGACAGAGACAAGGAGAACAAGCACCACCGGCGGAGUGGCUCGAGAAGUCGCAGCAGAGACCAUGACAGGAAGAGGAGGAGUGGGGACCGAGAACGGAGAGGCAGCCGAGAUCGUCAUGGAGAUAGCAAGGAUCACAGACACAGACGCAGUCGCUCCCCGCACCGUGAGAAGAAAAAGAUUAAAGUAAAGAAGUACUGGGAUGUUCCCCCUCCAGGUUUUGAACACAUCACACCCAUGCAGUACAAAGCCAUGCAAGCUGCAGGUCAGAUCCCAGCUACUGCUCUGCUGCCCACUAUGACCCCUGAGGGUCUGGCUGUAACCCCAACACCUGUUCCUGUGGUGGGCAGCCAGAUGACUCGACAAGCCCGGCGUUUGUACGUUGGCAACAUCCCAUUCGGUAUAACAGAGGAGUCCAUGAUGGACUUUUUCAACGCUCAGAUGCGUUUGGGUGGCCUGACUCAGGCCCCUGGAAAUCCAGUCCUUGCUGUUCAGAUCAACCAGGACAAGAACUUUGCCUUUCUGGAGUUCCGCUCCGUGGAUGAGACCACGCAGGCCAUGGCGUUUGAUGGCAUCAUUUUCCAGGGACAGAGUCUAAAGAUUCGCCGACCACACGACUACCAACCUCUACCGGGCAUGAGUGAAAACCCCAGCGUCUACGUCCCAGGUGGUAUCACUUGUUCUCUCUCUGUAGGCGUGGUCUCCACAGUGGUUCCUGAUUCGGCGCAUAAACUCUUCAUUGGUGGUCUCCCAAAUUACCUCAAUGAUGAUCAGGUAAAAGAAUUGCUGACGUCAUUUGGUCCUCUAAAGGCAUUUAACCUUGUGAAAGACAGCGCUACAGGCCUCUCAAAGGGUUAUGCCUUCUGUGAAUAUGUUGACGUCAAUAUCAGUGACCAGGCCAUCGCGGGUCUAAACGGAAUGCAGCUGGGUGACAAGAAACUCCUGGUCCAAAGAGCAAGCGUGGGCUCCAAGAACACCACCCUGACGGGGAUAAACCAGACUCCAGUGACCCUGCAGGUUCCAGGUCUAAUGAACAGCUCGGUCACCCAGAUGGGUGGCAUUCCCACAGAAGUCCUGUGUCUGAUGAACAUGGUGGCCCCGGAGGAACUGCUGGAUGAUGACGAGUAUGAAGAGAUCGUGGAAGACGUCAAAGACGAGUGCUCCAAAUACGGCCAGGUCAAGAGCAUCGAAAUCCCACGCCCUGUCGACGGCUUGGAAGUUCCUGGCACUGGAAAGAUCUUUGUGGAAUUUAUGUCAGUGUUUGACUCUCAGAAAGCAAUGCAGGGGUUAACAGGAAGGAAAUUUGCCAACAGAGUGGUUGUGACUAAAUACUGCGACCCUGAUGCCUACCACCGCCGUGACUUCUGGUAGAAACGGGACAGAUUCAAGACCGAGAGAAACGCAGAUGGCCUGAUUUCAACCUUUUGGAAACUCUUGAUUUUGUAGGUUUACGAACUCUCAGAGGAUGUGUGCUUUUGUUAAAAAACAUGACAGGUCAUUGGUCAAAAUCGACCCUAUGUGAUGUUUUUUGACAACAUUGAAGUUUGUGUAAAGCUUUAUAAUGGGAAAUCAGACUGUACCAGACUGUCAUUGUCUACAGAAAAGGAUCAACUGGACAUGCCACUAAACUUCCAUCUUAAUUUUGGCUCAUGUUGAUUUUUGUCAAGUGUUAAAUACCUAUUAUGUCUGUGCAGCUCACAUGCUUUAAGCCCAACUGAUAGGAUAGGACUUACAGGAUGAUAAAAAGUACGGAGUUAAUGAAGCUAUAGGGAGACUGACAUUGAAAACAACAAAAAUGAAUUUUGCACUCAAAAAACAAGGAAUCAAUAGAAGGGGCUAUGUGGAGAGGUCUUUGUUUUUAUGUUUUUUUUAUUGAGGCUGUGAAAUGUUUUGUGUUUGGGCUAAGUGUAAAUGUGUGCAGUGAGAGAAGUUUCUGUGUCGUCUCUUGACACCAUAUAUGUCUGAGGUAAGCCCUCUACAGGCAUCUUGUAGAGGUUGAGUCUUACCACUUGUCUAUACUGUUCUUCCCCACUAUCCCUGCUCUUCCUUUCUUUCUUUCCUUUCACAUCUCCUAGUAGUUAUACUGCUUCUUGUAAACUCUGUUUUUCCGGCCCCAUCGAACCAGAUUUGUUCCCAGUAGAACCUGUAUUUUUCCUUUUAUUUCUUUUAAUUUUAUACAUUCUGUAUUUAACUGUCAACUGCUGUUUUUAAAAAAUGUAAUAAGCUGAGUUGAUUUAAUACAAUGCAUUUAUGUAUGAGGACCAGAAUAAGGUUUUGGUAAAAUAAACUUAAUGCAUUUGAAUUGA